GAAACAUGAGCGUGACUAUUUUGUGUCAACAGAGUGGAUGUUGUUUUUUAAAGUGUGCGAUUAUUUAAUUAAUCACUGCUUAUUCUAGCAUAUUACCCAGAAAAUAUUUUAAACUGCAGUUUUAAUUUGUGGAAAGCUACAUAAUGUUAUUUAGAACUUUUUAGUUUUCUAAAUCAUGCCGAUUGCUGUUCAAAACUUAGGAGGUGUGAAUAAAAGUGCCUUAUCUGUUUAAUAUUGGUUCUUUGCUUGAAUUGUAAAAAUGAUGGCCGAAUCUGAAAGUAUAAACUCUUCUCGAGAUCCUAGUGUAAGGGAUGUGUCACCCGAUAUUACAACUCAAGACAAUUCCUUCUGUCUGUGGGCUCUCUGUAACCCACGAAAAGUUGCCCAUAGAUAUUUUGCUUUGAUUUUUAUGUGUUUCCUGGGAUUCGGAAGUUACUUCUGCUAUGACAAUCCUGCUGCUCUACAAGACCAAAUUAUAAAAGACAUGAGAGUGUCGACACUAGAAUUUAGUUAUUUAUAUGCUUGGUAUUCAUGGCCUAAUGUUGUUUUGUGUUUUUUCGGUGGUUUCUUGAUUGACAGAGUGUUUGGCAUUCGUUUAGGCGCCAUAAUUUUCAGUACAUUUAUACUGCUUGGACAACUCGUUUUUGCUCUUGGUGCUGUAGUUGACAAAUAUUGGGUAAUGGAAGCUGGAAGAUUUAUAUUUGGAAUAGGAGGAGAGUCACUAGCAGUUGCCCAAAAUACAUAUGCUGUCAGUUGGUUCAAAGGCAGAGAAUUAAAUAUGGUAUUUGGAGUACAGUUAAGUUUUGCUCGUGUUGGUAGUACUGUGAACUUCAAUGUUACUCCAGCCAUUUAUUCAGGAAUGGGGCAAUAUUAUACAGGUUAUACUAAUUUAGGUGUUACACUAUUCAUUGCAUCCUUAACUUGUGUAUUUUCAUUAAUAAGUGCCCUUAUUAUUGGUUUCUUCGAUUGGAGAGCAGAAAAAAUACUCAAUAAAGCUGCUGGACAAACUGGAGAAGUUGUUAGAUUGUCAGAUAUUAAAGAUUUCCCAUUGACAUUUUGGAUCAUUACUGCUGUCUGUGUCACCUAUUACUCAGCUAUAUUUCCAUUUGUUGCAUUGGGCAGUCUGUUUUUUGCUCGUAAAUAUGAAUAUGAUCAUAAUUCAGCAAACAAGAUCGAUAGUAUCGUAUAUCUAAUUUCAGCAUUUGCUUCUCCUGUAUUGGGCCUUCUUGUUGACAAAACAGGUCGAAAUCUUAUGUGGGUAUUCAUAUCUGUGUUUCUAACUUUAGUGUGUCAUGUUAUGCUUGGAUUUACAUCAAUUAAUCCCUGGAUACCAAUGGUAGGCAUUGGAUUAACUUAUUCCCUUUUAGCUUGUGGGUUAUGGCCUAUGGUUGCAUUAGAAGUACCAGAGCAUCAACUUGGAACAGCAUAUGGUAUUAUGCAAUCUAUACAGAAUCUUGGAUUAGCAGUUGUUGCAAUAGCAGCUGGUGCUAUUGUAGACUAUAAAGGAUAUGUGUUUCUUGAAAUCUUCUUUAUUUAUUGGUUGAUCAUAUCUGUUAUUUGUGUUAUUUUACUGUUCGUAAUAAAUUCCAGCAAAGGUGGUUUACUUAAUAUGUCAAUUAAAGAAAGAGAACGUAGGGAAGAAGAACUGAGAAGAGUUGAAUUAUUGGAAAAUGAACGAAUCUUAGCUGCAGGUUCAAUGGCUGAUGUUACACCUCAUGAUAUGCUUCAACCUAAAUCUGAUUUCUAUAUUCGCAACCGAUUUUUAUCUCGUAUUGGUGCUAAACUACCUCCACAUUUUGAUGUAACAACUUGUGCUCUCAUUCAUCGAACAGGACUGAAAUAGACAAGUUCCUAAAUUACCGACUUUAUUUUUAUUGUUCAUAAAUGGUGGAGAGCUGUUUUAAAGCACUCGUGUGUCAUCUUAAAAGCAUCAAAGUGGCUUUUAAUACUCAAAUGUUGUUUUGUAAAAUUUAUAUAAUGAUGCGAUUGAUUUUUAAAAAAAGAUCUAUUAGAGACUAAUAGGUUUGUAAAUAUACUCACUCUUUUCAAGUGUGAAAUUUGUUAAUUGUUUGUGUAUUAAUAUAUUUCCUAAGUUGAAUGUCUAUUUAUUUUAGGACAACAUAAAUUUAUAUUUUCUUGUAUUGUGAUGUGAUCUGUUGUCCUUGAACACGUUGAACUUGUAAGUUUUUAUUUUUGUAAAGAAUUUAUAAAAAGGAUAUGAUGAUCA